UCCUCCUCCUCCUCCGCUUGGUCACAAGGGCCGAAGAAACGACGGCUGUGGUAAUGGAGGAGCCGGCAGGGGGUUAGCAGCCAGAGCCGCAGGCGCUGCCCGGGGGGGGGUGAGGGGUGAGGGAAGCUCCUUUCGGCCACUGCUUGUUUACUUCUUCCCUCCCCCCCCCCCCCUCGCAUGGCCUUCAUAAUGAUGAAAAAGAAGAAGUUCAAAUUCCGCGUGGAGCUGGAGCUGGACGAGCUCUCCUCGGUGCCCUUCGUCAACGGGAUCCUCUUCUGCAAGGUGCGGCUGCUGGACGGCGGCAGCUUCCACGGAGAGUCCUCCAGGGAAGUGGUGCAGGCGAACUGUGUUCACUGGAAGAAGAGAUUCUUAUUUAUGUGUAAAAUGAGUGCAAGUGCCACUACAGGGAUUUUGGAUCCCUGCAUCUGUAGAGUGUCUGUACGGAAGGAACUAAAGGGUGGGAAAGCCUAUGCAAAGCUGGGUUUUGCAGACCUCAACCUGGCAGAGUUUGCUGGAUCAGGAAAUACCACUCGUCGUUGUUUACUGGAAGGUUAUGAUACCAAAAACACAAGGCAGGACAAUUCAAUUCUCAAAGUUUUGAUCAGCAUGCAACUAAUGUCUGGAGACCCUUGCUUUAAAACGCCUCCAUCCACAGCAAUGUCCAUUUCAAUUGCUGGAGAACCAGAAUCCCUACAUGAAGAUAGGAAAGGUGUAGAGAACACAAAAGCAUCACAUCUAACUAUAUCAGAUCUCACAACCAAGAGCACCUCUGUCUCAGAUGAACUUGGAGCAUGUGGACAUUCUAGGACAUCCAGCUAUGCAAGUCAGCAGUCAAAAGUGUCAGGAUAUAGCACCUGCCACUCCAGAUCAUCCAGUUUCUCUGAUCUCUGCCAUAAGAGAAAUACCUCUGUGGGGAGUGCAUCAACUGGUAUAGAUAGUAUUCUAGAGCCUUGUGAAGAGACAGAAUCCAAAAGCGAAGAUGAUUUGGAGGUGCCGUUGAAAGAUGCAGCUCCAGAAAAAAUCAACAGGCACCCAGUUAAACAGGACUCUGUGGAAUCACAGCUAAAGAGGGUUGAUGCUACCAGAGUUGAUGCAGAUGACGUUGUUGAAAAGAUACUGCAGAGUCAAGACUUCAGUUUGGACUCAAGUGCAGAAGAGGAAGGGCUCAGACUUUUUGUAGGUCCUGGAGGGAGUACAGCUUUUGGAAGUCACCACUUACCUAAUAGGGUGGGAUCUGGAGCAUAUGAACAAGUAGUGAUUAAACGCUAGAACAACUGGACUAAAAUAGCAGGAUUCUUGAAAUUCCAGCAUUCGCUUGCUUCCGAAGAUGGGCUCUCCCGAAAUGCCAGCAUACAUUGGCCUGAGUUGUCAGUUUGGGUUCCUCAUGUUGAAAAUGCCCUCUUCUGUAUCUACCUGUGGUAUAAGGGCAUUUUUUCUUCUAGUCCUUUGCCAGCCAUUGUGAAUGUGUUGGUGGAUUUGUUGCAUUGUUCUAUGUGUAAAUCAAAUUGCCUUUUUGGAGGUAGGACAAAUGGUAUUUAAUUGAACAUAGUAUGUUGAAGUUGUCAGCAGGUGGAAAUGCAUUCAGUAAUGUUUUCUAUUUACCACUUUUUUUAAGCCCUGGAAGUCAGUCUUAGAAGGGUUGUCUACUUCAGCCAUUUAUUUUACUGUUCGCCAAUUGCUCCUGUCAAACCUGAAUAUAAAAUGGCAAGUGCUGCUUUAAGGAUGUGAUCCUGCCACCUGUGCAGUGAGGAAAUAAGAUUAAAUACUACUACAAAUGUGCAUAACUUUAAGGCUGAGUUGCACAUGAGAGAGAGACUAGUUUAUCUCUUAAAAUGAGUGACUUUGACUAAAUUUAUUAAGAUAUAUGGAUGUAUUGAAUUACUGUUUACAGUACCGCACUCAUGUGCCCUUUUGGGUACUAAAAGGUUGUACUGAGUUAUAUUUGGUCCAUACCAAAAAUCCACACUACUACACCAUAGGUGUUCAAUGAGAACUUUGACCUUGUGGAAUGAUCUGUAGUAAAAAGCUUGGAGCAGAAAAUAGUAUAUAUUUUAGCUCAUAGAAUAUCAAGUUGAAUUAUUUAAUGAUUGAAAGAGCACCUUGUUCCAGAGGAAAAAGGGUUCUGAACUGUCUUAAUGAACUGUUAAGAACCACUGAACAGCUAACCUGACCGCUGUCAGUUUAAGCUAUCAAGAGAAGCACUUUAUAUAGCAGAUUUUUUCACCCCAUUCGAAAAUCAAGCUCUCUUCUUUCAUUUGAAUGCUUACUCAGGCCCAAUUUAAGUGAAGCAUAGCCAUGGGCAGAUCACUUACCUGUGUAGUUGUUCCCUAGAGUUAGUGUCACUUUUAAAAAGUGUUUGCCCUAUUUUGCCUAAUAUGUGUAUUUGCUAAAGCCAUAAAUGCUCAGUUGUAUAAGCAAGUACAUAGAGUAAGUACCGUUAAAAUCAGGGUUGGAGAGUAUGUGUUCUUCCAGGUGUUAGUGGACUGCAGCUCCCAUCAGCCCUAGGCAGCAUAGUUGUGAGAGAUGAUGGGAGUUGCAGUCCAGUAUCUGGGGAGCGGGGGCAGAUUUCCCAUCCCUGCUUUAAAUGCCAGCUAUGUGGAACACUUAUAUGGAUGAGUGCUUUGCUCAUAGCUGCAUCUUUUUAAAAAACUGGGUCUCAUUUUGAUCUGUUAUUUCACCGAGUUAGUCUUAGACAAUACUCAUUGAUUUCAAUGGAACUUGUGCAGAUAAACAUUCCUGGGGGAACUGUGAUAUGUAUAAAUGUGCACAAAUGGAAAAGUGCAGUGUGCCUAUGCAACAAUUUCAACAAAUCUUUUUUUGACAACUUAAACAGCCCAAUUUAUUUUUGUAAAAGGAUUUUAGUGUUUCAGGAUGAAAAAACUGCCAAUAACUCAGAAAAGUACCAAUUGUUUAGUGGCUGACCUCAGAUGGCACAAAAGUCAGUUACUAGAAUUGAUUUAAAACAACUUUGAAUAAGUUAACUAAAGCUAUUUUUACUUGGUGCAUGCAGAACAUUUCAUGUUUUUAGUGGUUCUCUGAAUUCAUUCAGUAUUCUUUUUGAAGAAAUAUAAUGGAAGACUAAAGACUUUAGCUAAAUGAAGGAUGUUUUAUGUUUGAAGGGUUUAUUUUAUAAAUGUCAUAACUCAUGUUCACUUGUUUAAAUCAUAUAUGUGAACUGUUAAAAACUGAGAACCAUUUCUUUAUUAGGGUACCCAGAAAUAACUUUGUCACUGCUUUAUAAAGCGUUUUAUUAAAUUGGAGCUUGUUCUAAUUGAAUUUAAGUAAAGAUUUUAUUUUUAAAAACUGCUGUUAAUAUAAUGCACACAAAAAUUAUUUUGAAGUAUAAAUUUAGUUUGAUAUGUUAAAAGUUGAAAAGUUUCUAAAAUAAUGUUUGAAUUUAUUGAGGAAUGUUUCUGAUUCUGAAAAAUGUAAGUCCCAGAAGAUGGCUGAUUUGGAGAGGUGACAAGUUGGCAGGAAGGGAAUGAAUUCAAGUGAUUGCUUAGUGUAAGGAACUAUCAUGUUCAAUUAGAUGUUCUGUGGUAUAAUGUGCAUUCAAAUGCAGUGUUGGUCAGUCCCCAUAAAAAUACCCACUUUCUUUAAUUGUAGAGCUUGCAGGAAGGAAAUUUGUCUUUUGCACCCAUCACACUGGUGGUAGUUUAAAAAAAUAUCUGUAUUUUAGUUCCAUGAAAUGUUUGAACAGCUAUCAUGCACUUUUGUUAACUGAACCAUUUGUAUGAAGUGAUUCCAACUGUGUCCCUGAGACAUGGGAAAUGACCUUCAUAUUAUAUAUGGCAUUAAUUUUGUGUAAACUGUACAGUGAAAUCCCAAACUAACACUUUUUAGUAAAAUCCCAUUUUUUUACCAUAAAAUAAUGUAAAGUGGUCUUACAAAUCCAAUAAAAGUUUGUCUUCAA